AUGCGACAAGCUCGGCCAUGUUACUGGUACUACGAGACGCACGUCGAUCUAGAAUGCGAUGUAGGCUCUGGCUUCCACCAAACCGACAGCUGGGAGAGCUGGCAGCUUCUGAAUUUCUACCAGCACUUGUUCAAGCUUCCAGGUUUCGAUUCUGGAGCAAUGGCGGCAGCAAAGAAGAGCCACGAAAGCGGGGCUCUUGAGCGGCACAUUGACACUUCGGUUCCAGAUAUGAGACGGAUUGCUCGAACUUGUCGUAUGAAGAACCGUGGAGGUUUUCGUUCUGGAAUGAAUAUUGAAGUUUGA